GGAGAAAAUAUUAAAUAAAUAAUUUACCCAGCUUUACUUAUGAGGGAUGGUGACGUAAGUGUGGCGGUGAAGAAAAUGAAAUGAAAUGAAAGAAGACAACAAUUAUAGUUGAAUUUUUGGUUGAGAGAGAGAGAGAGAGGAGAGAGAGAGAGAGAGAUGUGUAUAGUGUUUGUGUGCGAUGAAGAUGAGAGAGUGGUGUCAAGGCACCCGGCAGCAGGGUCAUGCCCUUACUGUGGAGGGAUGAUUCAAGCUAUGGACGUUGAAAGCCAGUGGAGGUUUUGUUUUGUGCCGUUUUAUCUCAAGACUAAGACAAGGUAUUAUUGUACUCUCUGCACCAGACGCCUUGUUCUUCAGUAGUAUUAACUAAUUCUGCUAUCAUAUAUACAAGGAAAAAGUUGAUCGUCUCUUUUCUUUUUCUUUUAGCCCGUUGAUUUUCAUGUAGUUGUAAUUAAUCCCCUUUGUAUGUUAUCCGUUUAAGGAAUCAGUGUUUCAAACUGAUGGACUCUUUACAGAACUACAGUUAAAAAAUGACAAUAGUAAAAACAAAUGGUACACUGAAUUUAAA